ACCAAUUUCAGAAGUAAAGCCACAACAAUUAAACUGCGUGGCAGUUGACCGAAUAUACUGUAACAACUGUAAAACAUCUAUUGUUGAUUUUCAUCGAAGCUGCCCAAGGUGUUCCUAUGAUCUGUGCAUCACAUGUUGUCGAGAGAUUCGAGAGGGACAUUUGCAGGGUGGGGAUGAAGAAGUGGUCAUGCAUUAUGCAUUUCGUGAUUCAAGUUACUUCCACAAUGACAAUUGUCACACUGCGCAUCAUAGUAAGAACGCUUCUCCUAUUAAUAACAAUGAACCUUCUUCUGAAGUUAAAGCUGAGAUGAAAUCUGCAUGGAGAUCUGUAGAGGUUGGUAUCAUUCCAUGUCCACCACAAUGGUUUGGGGGUUGUGGUGAAGGAAUUCUGGAAUUGAAGUGUAUUUUUCCAGAGAAUUGGGUCUUGAAGUUGCUGUCCAGAGCAGGAGAACUGGUGAAGGGACAAGAUUUUGAGGACUUGCCUAAAACUUGCGAGGAAUGCCCGUGUUUGAACUUCUUUGGUGAGAAUGUAAUGGCUAGUGAUAAAUUGUGCAGAGCAGCUUCUAGGCAAGAUUCGAGGGACAAUUUUUUGUACUGUCCAACAGCUAAAGACCUGCAGCAUGAUGAUAUGAAACAUUUUCAAUUGCACUGGCUCAAAGGUGAGCCUGUGAUUGUUAAUGGCGUGCUAGAAACUACAUUAGGCUUGAGCUGGGCACCCAUGGUUAUGGCGCGUGCUUUUCGUCAGAAUAGAAAGAAAGAAAAUGAAGUUCUAGUUGAUGUGACUGCAAUAAACUGCUUGGACUUGUGUGAGGUCAGGCACUUGAUUCUACUUCUUCGUUAUGUUUCAUCUAACAGCAAAACUCAGAAGUCUCUUACGUUGAUAUGAUGCAUGAUAAUUCAACUACUACAAAUUGACAUGCAUUUUUGAAAUAAUAUACAUCAUUGAAAUAACUAAAUAAUAUAUCAAUUGUACGUCAUCUUUUUAGUGAAAGUUACAUAUAUUUGUAUGAUCUGUUAUCUAUAUUUCCAGUCAUGCACUGCCUAUUUUAGACCAUACUUGUUUGUUUGAUUCGUAUUUGGACUACAUGUUAGGAGUAGUUGUCCUCUUACAAUAAAUUUCAAAUGUGUUUGUUGUAUCUGGUGGUUUAUGCGAUGAUCGUAAUUUUUCUGGUGAUGCUAUUAGAUCACUAAACACCAGUUUUUUUUUUCAAAUUGUUCUUGUAUGUGAGUUAGGUAAU